CAGCAGCUGUUUGCCAGACUCACCCAGUUACUGGGAACUGAACCAACCACCCUUCCCCUCCCCACACACACCAGCUCCACAGACAAGCCCUGGGUGUGCAGGAGGGCUGUGGCUGGGAAGGAGCUUCCCUGCUCCGAGAUCUGCCUGGAUCUGGACACCUUCCUGCGGCUCCUUCCCUGCGGGACAGGUCGGGUGACUUUGGUCUCCACCGGCCACCAUGGAUUGGAAAACACUGCAGGCACUGCUCAGCGGGGUCAACAAGUACUCCACAGCCUUCGGCCGCAUCUGGCUCUCCGUGGUCUUCGUCUUCCGUGUCCUGGUCUACGUGGUGGCGGCCGAGCGCGUGUGGGGUGACGAGCAGAAGGACUUUGACUGCAACACGCGACAACCGGGCUGCACCAACGUCUGCUAUGAUUACUUCUUCCCCAUCUCCCACAUCCGCCUCUGGGCCCUGCAGCUCAUCUUUGUCACUUGUCCCUCCCUCCUGGUCAUCAUGCACGUGGCCUACCGGGAGGACCGCGAGAAGAAGAACCGGGAGAAGAACGGGGAGAAUUGCCCCAAGCUCUACAGCAACACGGGCAAGAAGCACGGCGGGCUGUGGUGGACCUACCUGCUCAGCCUCUUCUUCAAACUUAUCAUAGAGAUCCUGUUCCUCUACCUCCUCCACAAGAUGUGGGACAGCUUCGACUUGCCACGGCUGGUCAAGUGCACCAACGUGGAUCCCUGCCCCAACACCGUGGACUGCUACAUCGCUCGGCCCACUGAGAAAAGGGUCUUCACCUAUUUCAUGGUCGGAGCCUCCUCCAUCUGCAUCAUCCUCACCGUCUGUGAGAUCUUCUACCUCAUCUUCAAGCGAGUUGUCCGCGGUGCACGGAAGUGGAAGAAAUCCACCAAGCGCUCCGUCAGCUACAGCAAGGCCUCCACCUGCCACUGCCACCUCAAGUCGGAGGAGAAGGACAACAAGUCCCAGACUAGAGGAGAGGAGCUGUGAGCUCGCCCGUCCCAGCUGGUUCACAUUCCCCUUGGCCCAGCAGCUUUUCCAGCCACCCCUGAACCCUCAAGAGUCAACCUGUGUGAAAAAUGACUAAACCCAACAAACUAACAUCCCUGGAGAGAGACCCAUGGGUGCUUGAUCAGACACAGGUAAGGCGAGGGCAGCCCUGGAGCUCUGCCAGAUGCACAGAGCAGUGCCACAAGCUUGGACAUCACAGCAACACACAGAUCCUCCCAUAUCUCCUCAGGUCUCCAGCUCUGCUGCUCCCGUGGUGGGUGUGAGUGCACUCCCUGGUGCCCAACCAGAGCUGGUGUCACCCAGCAUGGUGGCAGUUCCAACUCGCUGUGCCUCACAAGUGCACAGUUCCAAGCACUGUUUCAUCCUCCUGUAUUUUGUACCAAAAAACCCCAAAGGAAUUCCGGGCU